GUUAUUGAGUUACGGAGUUAAUGGGUUUGUCCGCCAAACAAGCCAUUAGUCUUUGUUUUAUACUUUCUAUCGUGUUUGAGGAAGGGUUGGUUCAAACCAUACUUGACUAGGUAAAUUACCUACGCUUCGAUAGCACCAGGAUUCGAAAAAAAUACUAUUUUCUUUUGGUUUUUUCAUGAAACGUAGAAUAAGAACGGAAGCAUUUCAGAGUAGUAGUCUCUGGCAAGUUAUGAAAGGUCAUCACGCGUAACUAUCACAUUACAAGUCUUAACUUUUCGCUGAACUUGUUGGGCCGUAUUCCUUCCUCUUAAUUGAGGUGGAUAUUGAAAUUUAAAAUAGUGAAAAGUGGAUCAUUGACUAACUAAAGAUUUCCAGAGACUUCAGUAACUCUGCAACGACAUAUACAUAUGUUCGUUGAAAAAAAACACCUGCUUAAGAUGACGUUGUUUGUAUUAAAGGGAACACUAUAUAUUUGACGGAACCGUAGAGUGUUUUACAUACGGUGCUAAUGUGCGUGCUAAGCGGUACAGAAUAUGACUUCUUCCGAGCACUUUGAACAUAAAACUUCAAUUCUUUGUUUUAUCCUUGUCAGCACAUGUGGAAUCAUAUUUCCAUUUGGGUCUGCUUGCACCGGCGACGAAUGCCGCAUGAUUAUAUUCAAGGAACCAAUAGAAAACAAGGCCAUGAGAGGCCACGCGAUCAGAAGUGCGGAGGUCCAUAAUCAAGGGAGCUGUCGUGUGAUGUGUUAUAUGGACCCCAACUGUGUCUCCAUUAAUUUUGGACCCUCUGAAAACGGAAGAUACAGAUGCGAGUUGAAUAGCGCCAGUGAUGACGAUCAAUUGUCAUUCCUUGAGCAUAAAGACACUUACACUUUCCUAGCCAUCGAGAAUCUUUGUAGUAGCAGCCCAUGUUUAAACGGAGGUAUUUGUCAAGUUGGAUUCACCAGUAAAGGUUAUCGUUGCAUCUGUCGCACUGGAUUCCCGGGAACAAACUGCUGUCCAGGAAGGUCUUGUAGCGACUUGAAGAAGCUCGACCCAGCAUUAAAAAGCGGCACUUACGUCAUUGAUCCUGACGGCAAAGGAGGUUUGCCACCUUUAUAUGACGUUACCUGUGACAUGACUGACAAGAAUGGAGUUGGCGUGACCGUCAUAAGUCACGACAGUGAAAACAGAACGCUGGUGGAUGGAUGCGAACCUCCAGGUUGUUACAAACGUGACAUUAACUACACAGGAGCAAGUCUUCCGCAGCUGGCAAAGCUCGCUAGAGUUUCCACACGCUGUGAACAGUUCAUCAAGUAUGAAUGCCUAAACUCUCAACUGUUUAAAAAUGAAUCGAACAAAGUAAUCGGAUGGUGGGUUUCACGCAAUGGCGAUGCUAUGAAUUACUGGGGCGGAGCAUCACCUGGUAAUGGGAAGCAGAUUUGCGCAUGCGGGAUGAAUAAUUCCUGCGCACGCACCGGCCUUGUUUGUAACUGUGAUAAGAAUGACAAUGAGUGGCGAGAGGACAGCGGUCUCCUCACUGACAAGAUCCAUCUUCCAGUUAAACAGCUGAGGUUUGGAGAUACUGGAGGCGACCCCGAGAAAGGUUACCAUACAUUGGGAAAGUUCAAGUGCUAUGGAAUUGCCUGAUUGUAUACAGAAUUCCAUUAUAUUUUUCAUCCAGCCUCUUUCUUAGUGCCUUUCCUCCCAACUGGUCAGCUAGCUUGUUAAAUU